AUGUCACGGUUUGGGGUAUUUAUCAUAGGAGUUCUCUUCUUUAUGUCAGUUUGUGAUGUGCUGAGAACGGAAGAGCAUUCACACGAUGAGAACCACGUACAUGAAAAGGACGAUUUUGAAGCAGAAUUUGGAGACGAAACAGAUUCACAAAGCUUCAGUCAAGGAACCGAAGAAGAUCAUAUUGAAGUCCGGGAGCAAUCCUCAUUUGUUAAGCCUACAGCCGUCCACCACGCCAAGGAUCUUCCAACAUUGAGAAUUUUCUACUGUGUUUCAUGUGGUUAUAAGCAAGCUUUCGACCAGUUCACCACUUUUGCCAAAGAAAAGUAUCCAAAUAUGCCAAUUGAAGGAGCCAACUUUGCACCGGUUCUUUGGAAAGCUUAUGUUGCUCAGGCUCUCAGUUUCGUCAAAAUGGCAGUUCUCGUGCUGGUGCUAGGUGGAAUAAAUCCAUUUGAGAGAUUUGGUCUUGGAUACCCACAGAUUCUGCAGCACGCACACGGAAACAAGAUGUCGUCCUGUAUGCUGGUGUUCAUGCUCGGCAACCUUGUUGAACAAAGUCUCAUUUCUACUGGAGCAUUCGAAGUUUACCUUGGCAAUGAACAAAUCUGGAGUAAAAUCGAGUCAGGUCGUGUACCAUCCCCUCAGGAAUUCAUGCAACUUAUCGAUGCUCAACUUGCGGUGCUCGGAAAAGCUCCUGUCAACACAGAAUCAUUUGGAGAGUUCCAACAGACUGUCUAAAACGCUAUGUUUUCAAUUUGACACCGUGUUACCAUAAUUAUUUACAAUGUAUUCUUGCUGCUCAAACUGAUUCAUUCCCUCACUCGUCAUCCGACGCCUUAUUUUAUUAAGUUAAAUUAACUUUUUAUUUGUUUCUCAACGUGUGUAAAUUAUUUGCAGUCAUAAAAAUUCUCGCCACUUUUAUUUCACCUCUAAUGAUUUUCUAUUCAAAUAAUGUUACGUUUUGUUUUUUUUUAAAUAAUUAUUUACCAUUAAGGAAUCAAAUUUUUGAAACCAGUUUUUUCAUUUGAAAUUUUUCAGAAAUAAUAUUUUUUACUAGAGUAUUAGUUUUGUUUAUUUAAAAACAAAUCACAAAGUAAAAAA